CUCUUAUUAUCGCCGCUUUAUAAAGCCAAAACUGAAAUUCGUUCUAGAAGCGUCUGAUAAAAGAAAGGAGUACAAAUUAAAAUACAAAAUGUUUGGUUUAAUCAUUUCUGGUAGAUUGCCACAAACAGAUUUCACACCUGUGGAUGAAAAUAAACUGUUAAUAAAUGUGCCUGACAUUGAUAAUGUCAAUUAUAUUGUUGUGUUCUUGACAGGCCAACUUCCAUUGCCGGAAGGUAUGGCAGCAGCAGUCUAUUUUAGUUGGCCAGAUGCAAAUACAGUGCCAACUUGGCAAUUUUUAGGACAUAUAUCCAAUUGUAAACCAUCUGCAAUUUUCAAAAUAUCACAAUUGAAGAAAAGUCACGAAAUCGAAGCUCAAGAAAAUGGUAUGGUGUUUGGUUCACCAACGAUAUCUCAUAUAGCACAAAUUGGUAUUUCUGUAGAGCCAGAAAUCGCGUUGUCACAAUUAACACCAGCUGUGUCGACCACAGCAACGCAUUUACAAUUUGGACAAAAAAUGUUGGAAAACUUUUUUAAUUAUAUAUCAAGUUUCAUCGUAAAUCCUCAACAAAUACUGCCUUCCAAUGGUACGUAUGUGCCAUUUUCUACAGUGCAAAACUGGUACACAAACUUUCAAAGACGCUUGGAACAAAAUCCGAAUUUCUGGAAAUAUUGAAUCCUUCUAUGCGGUUGAGAGCUAAAAAUGGUUUAAUUGUUAAACAAAAAGUAUUCUCAACCAAUACUAAACAAAGUACAAUUAAAUUUAAUUUGUGCUUUUGAAAUUUUUAAACAAAGCUGCUUUGAACAGCGGACAGCAUCAACCGACGCUGCAUAUUAAAUGCAAUAUGUGAAGUAAAUAAAUUUAGUUUAAUUUUAGUUACAUAUUAUAUUUUAUUAUGUAUAUUGCAAAAUAAUAGGUAAAAUUAAACAAGUGUGUGAGGGUUUAUUGAAGCAUUUUAUAUUUAAAUGUAAAUUGAAUUUAACACCUUAUUUGUGCAUUUCUCUGACAGUGCAAAUAUGUUACUAACAAUUUGUAAUUUUAUAUCUAAGGCAAUAUAAAUUUUUUUUCUUUUUUUUUUUCAAUUUAAUUUAAUACUUUUAUAUAUUUGAAAUAGAUCUUUAUUAGAUAUUACAUAAGAUGUACUCUUCUAAGCAUAUACAUUUAUUAAAUGUAAAUGCACUUAGUGAAAUAUUUGUGUAAUUUUAUCAACCUGCUGUAUAAUAGCACUAUUUAUAUCACUAUAUCACAAUAAUUAUGUAAAUUAAAUUAUAAAAAUUUAUCAAGUUUGUGUAAACUAUUUUUCAUGCAAAAUUUGACACAUCAUUUACCAAGCACAUAAAUUUAUACGUUUAUAAGGCAUUUAUCAGUUUAAAUAAGUACCCCUAUAAUUUUUAUUUAUUUAAUUUUAAAAUAAAUGUUCUUUUAAUAUU